AAUCUUCACAUGUUGAUAGAUUCACAUUCAUCAAUGAUAGUGAACAUCUCAAUGUUAAAUCAUUGAUUGAAAACUUGAAGACUACAAUAAUAAAGAAAUUGUCUGUGUCAUAUAUAAUCAGGUCUUCUAUAUCUCUCUCUAUCUCUUCUAUCACUGUUUCUCUCUCUGCUGCUCUUUCUCAAUCUUCUACUCUUAUGCCUGUUUUCAGUUCUCUCACUUCUGCUAUUCUCAUUCUCACAAUCUUCACUUCUGCUACUUCUGCUCUCUCUGCCUCUGCUACUGCUUCUGCUUUCAUUAUCAGCUCUCUCUGUUUUAAGAAGAUGUUGUAUAGACUUAAUGAAUCAU